GGCGCCGCCGCCCUUGUCCCGGACGGUGCGGACCACUGGCAGGCCCCGCCCCCUCCCCCCUCUGCCCCUUCCCAAAGGUCACGCACCGCCUGCGUCCUUAUUUCUUUCUCCCCCUCGCGCGCGCGGAGCCUGUUGUAGCUGUGGGCGCCUCCGCGGGACCAUGGCUGACCGACAGGACAAGGCCGCGCUGAUAAGCGAGACCAGGCGGCGUUUCGAGGCGGAGUACCUGCCAGAUAAAUCGGAUAAAUAUGAUUCUAGAGAUGUGGAAAGACUUCAGCAAGAUGAUAAAUGGGUUGAAAAUUAUCUGAUUUGGAGGCAUGAUGUUGUGGAUGAUACAUUGAAGAUGAUUGAUGAAAGCUUUCAAUGGAGGAAGGAAUACACAGUUAAUGACUUGACGGAAUCUGUCCUUCCAAAAUGGUUAUUUGAAAAUGGUUCUAUCUUUCUACAUGGAUAUGAUAAAGAGGGCUAUAAAUUAUUUUGGUUCAGAGUGAAACUUCAUAUAAGAGAUCCUAAACAGCAACUUGAAAAAAAGAAACUGGUAGCUUUUUGGUUAGAACAUUAUGCCAAGAGAGAUCAUGGGAAGCCCUUAACAGUCGUGUUCGACAUGGCUGAAACUGGAAUCAGUCACAUAGACUUGGACUUUGUUCGGUUUAUUGUCAACUGUUUUACAGAUUAUUAUCCAAAUUUCCUCACAAAGAUAGUGAUCUUUGAAAUGCCAUGGAUAAUGAAUGCUGCUUUUAAAAUUGUGAAGGGUUGGCUUGGCCCAGAUGCAAUAAGCAUGUUAAAGUUCACAAACAAGAAUGAAGUGCAGGACUACAUCAGUGGAGAAUAUUUGCCGCCUCACAUGGGUGGAACUGAUUCUUUCAAGUAUAGUUAUCCUCCAUUGGUUGAUGAUGAUUUUCAAACUCCUUUAUGUGAAAAUGGGCCCAUUACUAGUGAAGAUGAGCAUGAAAGUAAAGAGGAGAUAGAUGCGGACACCAAGGAGACUGGAGAUCCCAAUGAAGAACACAACCUUAAUCCGAAAAAGAUGAGUUCUAUAGAACAAAUUCCCAAAUCAGAGGAAAAUGACAAAACAGAUUUCAAACCAAAAAAUGCAAAGAAAGCACUAACCACUUUUAAAGGACCUUUAUUACAUAUCAGCCCAGCAGAAGAACUAUAUUUCGGAUCCAAAGAAACUGGAGAGAGAAAAUGUUUGAUAGUACUGACAAAUGUGACUAAAAACAUAGUGGCUUUUAAGGUGAGAACAACUGCUCCUGAAAAAUACAGAGUUAAACCCAGUAACAGCAGCUGUGAACCUGGUGCAUCAUUAGACAUAAUAGUAUCUCUUCAUGGUGGAUUUGCAGCUUCUCUGCAGGAUCGUUUCCUUAUAAUGGCAGCAGAAAUGGACCAGUGUUCUGGAGCAGGUGUAUCAGAACUGACUCAGUUUUGGAAAGAGGUCCCUAGGACCAAAGUGAUGGAACAUAGGCUUAGGUGUCAUGUUAUAGAAAGUACUAAGCCUUCUACUUUGACAUUAAAAGAGAAUGUGUUUAAUAUUCCUGCGAAAACCAAUGAAGAGUUACAUAUACAGUUAACUCGUUUACUGCAAAUUAAUAAAAGACUUCAAGAGCAGAUUGAUCGCUGCCUGUGGUUCCAGCAGUUGUUAGUGGUUUUAUCAUUACUAUCAGUUACUACUGUUGCCUUCUGCUUCUACCUGGUGUACACCCAGAGAAGCUAGAAAGAGUUGCUUUGCACUGAAUGUGCUGCCUGUCAUGUUUGGUUUGAAGCGAAAAAGGUUUCAGUACUGCUCUCAGAUUCUGGAACUGCCAAAAUGAGGUUUGAGAGCCCACAACACUGAAUCAUGAUAUAAUUUGCUGAAAAAAGGGGAAAUGAAUGGUCAACAAAAUAAAUUACUGGAACUUGACACUUCAUAAGGUGCAUGAGAAGGGUGUAAGAGCUGGGAGCUAUUUUCACUGUACAACUUAAUAAAUGCUACUGAACUGGGAGGAAGAAGGAGCAACCAAAUACAACAGCAUAAUUUAAAACUGCAUAGUAUUUUUUUAUGUUUUGUUCAAAUAUUUUAAAUACUCUAUUUAAUUUCUUUUGAUCAUAUUCAUGGUUACAUCCUGAAUUGCUGUCAUAGAAGGUGCAAGCAGUCUGUUUAGUGUUUAAAGAGGAUAACCUGUUCAUUCAGGAAAAUUUACAGAAAUUACAUUAUACACGCAGCUUUUUCAUAUAACCGAGGUACACGAACAUAGCAUGUAUUAAAAAUUUGGUAAUUAUCAUUUUGAGAAUUCAGGAUCACUGUGCUCAUUUGUUUAUAUUCCUUAUUCUUGUGCUUUUUCUGAAUGCAAAAUUAUUAUAAAUAUUGCCUUCCAAAUACCAUGCACACAGCUAUAUUGACCUGGAAAACAACCCUUGUUUGAUUCCAAAGAUAUUGAUGAAAUAUUCAUGUUGAGACAGUGUUCCUGUUAUAUAUGCUUUCAUCUAUUAGACUUCCCUUACUGUUUUUUUUCAAAGCAACUCUUAGUCAAACUCCAAAAAAGUGUGGCAUUUGACUUCUGAUGACCUAUGUAUGGCUCAUAGAAAGGCAAAUAAUUAAUCAAUGUUAAGAAGUUCUUCUGAGGUGUGCAAUAUGCUUAAAUCAUGGAUGAAUAUAUCAAAAAGCAAGUCAAGUCAGGAAAAUUUAAUAUUGUUGAAGGGAAUAUAAAAGUGUUGUAUCUGCCGUUUCUCUGAAAGUAUUGUGGAAAUGAUGUAUGAAGCUAGUGAGAAUUUAUUCUAACAAGGAUUCUUUGUACUCAUUGUUGUAAAUAUGUAUAUUAAAAUGAUAAACAAUUUAAGAGAGACUGAUAUCUUUCAUACAUUUAAAUUUUUCACUCUUCGUAAUGUCUAAAACUUAAAAAUAUUUUUUUUACUAGAAUUAAUUUUCACCACAAAUAGGCUUGCAUAGUAGGUUAUUUAGUUUUAGUCUGUCAACUUUAAUAGAUUAAAAGAGAUUAUUGUGGGAAAUAAAGGUCAUACAUUGCAUCUGUCUUUUUGCUGAGAGUAUCUCUUCAAUGUAUUGUAGAUGUAACAUUAUUUCUAGGAAAUAGAAAAGGGCAGUUUAAAAAAAAUGUGUUAGUAAACUAAUAAAGCAGCAUAUGGUUCAAUAUGAUUACUGAACAAUUACUUUGUAAAAGGCAAGUCUAAGAAACUGUUUGGUAUACAGUCUUCUGUCCUUUCUUAAUUUAUACAUCGUUUUACCAUAUCAAUAUUUUCUUAAUUUUUCACUAGUCUCAUUUUUCUUCGGUUUGCUUCUCACUAUUUUGUUUUCUUCAUGAAUUGCAACUCCUAUUUUUCACUGUUUACUAUGAAGCUUUGGUUUAAAUUAUUUUCCUGUGCACACAGUUCAAAUUCUAUGCUUUUAACAGAAUGAAUUGUUGUCAUGUUAAGAAAGGUAACACAGUAAUUUGUAACUUUUAGAUAAUACUAACCAUGCUGUUAAGAUGCUUAUUCCUUAAUUUGACUGGAUUGAAUAGCACUUUACUGUAGAAUUGUAAGAAAUAUUCUUAGAGUCUUCGCCAAUAUGAAUAUUUUAAUGUUUUGGUGCUUUCAUCUAUUUUCAGUAUUUUAUUACUAUGUUGGUAUUUUCUUUGUAUAAUGGAUCAGAUAAACUUUGUUUUCUAUUUUAAUAUGUUUUAGAAAAAUACAGUUACAAAAUAAAUAUGAAGAAAUA